UGAUGGAUGGCUUCUGGAGGCGAUGGGGAGGCAGUGGAGUUUUUGGAGUAUUGCUGUAUUCAAUAUAAUUGAAGAAAUGAGAACUUUUAAAACGUUUUCAAUUAUUAUUGAAAAGUGUUAUGUAUGAAUGUGGUAUCAGCUGGGAGGAGCUUGUGUCAUCUGUGCGCAGCUGAUAGAGAGGAUUUCACGCUCUGGGCCUCACGGCUUCUACUUCUCCUUCUUCUUCUUCUGGUUACUUCCUGCAUCCGCUGUUCUUCAUUUGCUUCUUCUUGUUCUUGACAGGUUGACUGCUCCUCAUUUCUUCUUCUUCUUCUUCUUCUUGAUGUUCAUUUUCUGACCGGACUGCAGCCAUCUCACGAAAGCGACGAUGGCUGCAGUGAAAUCUUGAAAGCAGACGCCAGGACGUCAUGGAGGACGACAGCAAAACGACCGAGGACCGAGCGGCGCAGUCGGCUGCUCGAGGGAGCGUCCCGGAGGACCGUUCCAAUGGAGAGAGCGGCUCGGACUCGGGCGAGGAGACGGCGGCGUCGGCGGCGUUGUUGACGUCGGACGCGGACGAGGUGGCCACCAAGGCCGUGGCGUCCUCGCCCGACGGGCGAUUCCUCAAGUUUGACAUCGAGAUCGGACGAGGAUCCUUCAAGAACGUCUACAAGGGCCUUGACACCGAGACCACCGUCGAGGUGGCCUGGUGCGAGCUGGAGACCCAGCGGCUGACCCGUGCCGAGCGUCAGCGUUUCGGAGAGGAGGUGGAGAUGCUGAAGGGGCUCCAGCACCCGAACAUCGUCCGUUUCUUCGACUCGUGGAAGUCGGCGCCGAACGGUCGCAAGUGCACCGUCCUGGUGACCGAGCUCAUGACGUCGGGGACCCUCAAGACUUACCUUCGCAGAUUCCGUCCAAUGAAGCUGAAACUGCUUCGGCGUUGGAGCUUCCAGAUCCUCAAAGGUCUUCACUUCCUGCACUCGCGCAGCCCUCCUAUCCUGCACCGGGACCUCAAGUGUGACAACGUCUUCAUCACGGGACCCUCGGCCUCCGUCAAGAUCGGAGACCUAGGCCUGGCCACCCUCAAGAAGGCCUCCUUCGCCAAGAGCGUCAUCGGAACCCCGGAGUUCAUGGCUCCCGAGAUGUACGAGGAGAAGUACGACGAGGCGGUGGACGUGUACGCCUUCGGGAUGUGCAUCCUGGAAAUGGCCACGUCCGAGUACCCGUACUCAGAGUGCGAAAACGCCGCUCAGAUUUACCGCAAGGUCACCAACGGAAUCAAGCCGGACAGUUUGUCCAAGGUCACAGUUCCCGAGCUGAAGGACAUCAUCGAGGGAUGCAUCCACACCGACAGCAGCGAGAGGUUCACAGUUCAGGACCUUCUGGAACAGCGCUUCUUCCAGGGUCAGCUGGGCGUUCACGUGGAGCCGGCCGAGGACGACGACGGCAGCAAGUCGGCGCUCAUGCUGUGGCUGAGGACGGACGGCCCCAAGAGGCUUCACGGAAAAUACAAAGACAACAACGCCAUCGAGUUCCUCUACGAGCUCCACAACGACGUCCCCGAGGUGGUCGCCCAGGAGAUGGUGGUGCUGGGAUUUGUGUCGGAGGGCGACUACAAGCUGGUGGCGAUGGCCAUCCGAGACGGCGUCACCGCGAUCAAGCGGCAGCGGGUCAAACAGCGCCGAUUGGCCGAAGAGGCCGCCCAGGAGAGCGAAGGCCGCCCGCCCCCGCCUCCCAAGUCAUCCGAUCAGCAACGAGAGAACUCCGAAGCUACCGCCGCAUCCUGGCUACAAGCCCCGCCCCCUGCCGCAGUGACACCAUCCCCUGGAGGCCAGGUGCAUGAUGGAAGCGAAACGAUGGCCACUGCAGCGAAACGACUGUCGGAAGCCGCUCCGGAAGCUGCUACGGAAGCCCCGCCCCCUCCUGUCACUUCUCAGCUAAGCGCUUACGCCUCGCCGCCCAGGGCCCGGCUGUCGAAGGCUCCGCCCUUUCCUGUGCUGCGCUACCCCAGGAGCCUCGCGGUGUCGCAACAUGAGCCUACGCAAGCGAUACACGGGGUCUCCUCACCUGCCGACAGCUGCGCAUCUGACGUGACGUCGGGUUUGAGUGACGGCAACGACGGCCAAUCAGACAAGAGCUACCAGGAAGUGACCGAGCGGCAUCCUGACAGGAAGUUGAGGAGGAAAAUGAGGGCACAGCUGAGGCUCACAGGGGUCUCCAACAUGGCCGACCGCGUGGUGGAAUGUCAGCUGAGCACUCAUGACAGCAAGAUGGUGACCUUCAAGUUUGACCUAGACGGUGACAACCCCGAAGACAUCGCCUCCGUGAUGUUGCACAGAGACUUCAUCCUGGCGAGCGAGCGAACAGCAUUCGUCCUGCGCAUGUAUGACAUCAUCGGCAGGGCGGAGUCUAUGAUGAUGCAACAGAAGCAGACCGAGACGGCGGCCGAGCGCUCGUCCAGUACGCCGUCCGGCCCCCCAUUCGAUGAUUUGGCGGAGGCUGAGCAGUCCCCCUCCAAGGAUGUCAAGGCUGAGGCCACGCCCCUCGCCGCACCGCCGCUGUCGCAGUCUUCCUACAAUUCCGCCACCCCGGCCCCCCACACAGAGGCCCCACCGUCUGCCCAGUAUCCCUCUCAGCCUCUGGCGUACGCUCCCUACGCCUCGGCCACUGCCCCCCCUCCUCAGUGGCCGCCCACCAGCGCCCCUCCGCUCUCCUCCCCCGUGGGCGGGGCCCCUCAGUGGCCACCCCCCGACCAACCUCUCUUCUCUCUGGCCAACAUGAUGUCGCUAGCCAUGAGCAUGGCCAGCUCCUUGCUGCCCGCGCACGGGCUCCCUCCGCCCUUCACGCCCCCCAUCCGCCCCUUCUGGCCUUCCGUGUUGCCUGCGUUGGGCCACGCCUCCUUCCGGGCACCUUCGCCCACUGGGACAGGCGGCGCCCGUCGGGAGCAACAGGGGGCGUCGGUCAGCUGCAGCCCCACAGAGCUAAGUUACCCCUCAACCCUGCCCCCUCAUGGUUCCGCCCCACCCCCAAUCCCGCUAGCCCCGCCUCUUCAACACACGCAAGCGCAGUCCGCCGUCACACCAUCAACCGGACCGCCGGCCAAAUGUGACGCAAUGACUCCGCCCACCCGAAGCGUGGGUCGUUUCCAAGUGACAAGCUCUGAACCCCAGACGGCGCGCUCCCCGCCCCCGUCUCAGAUGAGCCAAUCGGAGAGCUCCGAGAGCGUCUCAGAGGAAGAGAGCCAAUCAGAGAGCAGUUGCUCUGGCGACGCGGGUGGACGGCCGGAUGAGCGGAGGAGGAGGGGCGGGCGCAAGGUGACCACCGGUGCGUGGGAGGGGACGUCCGGCGGCCAGUCGCGGAGCCGCUCUUACGUCACGUCCGACGAAUCGGACGACGACGACGACACGUGGGACGAGCUGAAGGAGAUUCGGGAAAGACACCUGCUGGAGGUGCGCCGCCUGCAGGCCAAUCAGAAGCGAGAGAUGGACGAGCUGUGCCAAAGGAUGGGUAAGGGCCCGCCCCUCGGCGCUGUCGCCCCCGCCGCCAUGUUGAACCAACGUCGCCUCCAUAGGCCUGAUGUGCUGCCCCCCGCAGGUAUCAUGAGAAAGCGUUCUCUGGAGAGGCCGAGCAGAGUGUCGUUUGUGCCGGGACACACGUAUGUGCCUGACACCAACCUGAGUGUUGAAGAUGAAGAUACACGAUGUUGAUCGUCACUGCUUUGAUUCUGGAAGAUUCGCCUUCUGUGAGCGCUCGCGGCUGAUCGAAACAAAGCUAGCACACAGUCGAUGCUAACCCGCUAAUGUAGCUAGCCCCGCUAACAACGCCAGCAGCUUCCAGCUGACAACGCCGUGUGUCGUCAGAGCGCUCCACCUAAUGGGCGGAGUUUAAAGGCUCGGGCCUUUUAACAAAAAACCACAGGACCCGAGAGGGGACGCCAUGACACCUUCGGAACGUCUCGGCAGCCUUUCGGAUCACGGAAUUUCGGCUUAAGCUAAUAAAGUGGAUUCAGCUCAUCGGCUACCUAGCUAGCUACCUAGCCAAGAUGACCGACGAAGAGAGCGCGCGACUUUCCCGGAUCGCCGUUACCAUGACAACUCAAAGAAGGUGCCGUAUCUGCUUGCUAUGAGGUUUGUUGGCGAAAGUGAUAUUGCUGACAAAGGGGAGGUCAACAAAAAACUUCCAAGGACAAAGAACCUCCUUUCAGUUUUUGGAGGAGGAAGUCGGCCUCAUUGUAGGCUUGCAGAGCAGGUGUCUGGCCGCAGCGAAAACACGCUUAGAACGUGAGCGCAACCCUCUGAUCUGAGACUUGCUGGCUGUUAAUAAAGUUUUCUUUGUACAA